AUGGAACCAAACGGAAAGUGGAAUAUUAAUGAUCAUUUAAAAGUUAAUAACUUUGCAACAAGAUGCGACGAAAUUUCCGAGGAUGAUAUUAAUAUUGAAACAUCCAAGACUACUGCAAGAAUAUAUUUAUCGGAGGGUACUACACUUACUUGUAAAUCGCAUUUCAUAACGUUAGAUGAAGAAGGUGCUGCUGGUUUUUCAAACAGGAGCGGUACUUUUUUGACUAAGCUGCUGCCCUAUAAAAGUUACAAGGUUAUAGUCAGAGGCAUACAGAAAACAUACGAAAAAAAAUUUGCAACCGACGAAAAAGCACCCACUGUUGUUUUGAGUCUUACGGGCACCGCUGCGUCCGCAACGACUGUAGAUUUAAAAUGGACCGAACCGUUGUCCUUAAAUGGUGUUUUUAAACACUAUGUUGUAGAAUACCAACAUGUGUCUUACCGAGGUUGUAAUUUUUUUUCUGUUGAAUCGCCAACGAAAUUUCGUCGAGAAACAGAAAAUACGUCCGUAACAAUUACCGAACUGAUUCCUUAUUCAACAUACGAAUUUACUGUAAGAAUUACUCAACUUCGUUCAAAGUUUGACGGUUCACUACUCUCUCCAACAACUGAAUACACAGUAGCGGUUUAUGCAUUUAACGGGGAAGAUGGAGAUUCAGCACAACAGAUGACAACGAGUCCACUUGACGUCCCAAAGUUAUCAGACGACCCCGAAUUCGUCAUUUCAAAUGGUUUACUUAAAAUUUUGGUUUUACCGAACAAAGUCCGGGGAUAUACCCACACCUACCAACUCUUAGUUCUAAGAUCAGACAAACAAAGCAAUCUCGAACUAUAUCCUAACUUACAAGAGUAUGAACUGAAAAACUUGAAAGUCAUUGUGGAGUGUGACCUUUCACAGAUACCAGAAACGUUAGAAAUAUAUGUUGGAAGUCUUCAACAGCAGCCCAGUUGCAAGGACAAGGAUAAUUCUUCUCUGAAGGCAGAAAUUACUGGCAACAUCACGAUCGUUUUGCAAAAUUUUUUCAAAAAUGAGUGUAGGACUACCAUAUACACGUAUAACCCAGUGGAGAAGAUGAAGCGAGUCGUUGUAAAUCCUAACUACUAUUGGCCGCCUGUGCUAUUAAUUCUAGUACUGGUAGUGACAUUCUUUGUAUUUAAAUGGUACACAAAGAAGGAUGUCGGAUUUUCAUGGAGAAAUCAUACAUCAGACAGUAGAGCAGAUCGUCAAACAAUCGAGUUACCUUUAGUGUACACAAAACAAAAUAGACGAAAAUGCAAGAAACCUCAACAUAUAAACGCUGUUAGUGGAAACCUAGACCAUCUUUCAAAAAUCAUUGGACGUAAAAAUUUCCAAAAUUAUACUAAAAUGUCUCACGACAAUCAGGAUUUGAAGCAACAACAUGAGGCAAUUCUAGAAUUCAUUUGCACCUACGAGACUGUUCAAGUUACGACAGACUCCGUCGAAUAUGUCGACAUGAUUUAUAUUAGCGGUCUUCAAAUUAAUAAAACUUACGCUGUCACCAAAAUACCGACUUCUAAUGAAUACGACGUAUUUUGGGAAACAAUAUGGACGGAGAAUAUUCGCUACAUUGUAUUGUUUGAAAACAACCACACAAACGACAGAUCCGACGUUAAACUAUACUGGCCCACCGAAGGCAAAAACGUCUAUGGUGAUGUCACCGUACAGUUUACUACGUCGGAUGAUCAUCACUUGUUUAACCACAAUAAAUUUACCAUACAAUUUAAAAACAAAUCUCGACAGAUCGAGCAACUACAUUUCCGCCUAGAGUCAGACGACGGAUUUUAUUUAUUCUCCCUUAAUUACGUAAACUUUUUCCAAAAAAUGAGCAAAAUUCCUCAUUCUUGCGAAUCACCGAUUCUGGUCCACAGCAGUUCAGGAAUGAGAGGGGCCGGUUUCGUUCUGCUUUGUGACAUGUCUUUGAGGACAGCCACGAAAGACGGAGCAGUAGAUGUGAUGGCAAAUCUCAAAAACCUCACACAGUACACUUCGGAGUUGAUGGUGGAUUUCGACCACUACGUAGCGGCUCACACCGUCAUCGCGGACUCCCUUCGUGACAUUGACACGACCAUAAAAUGCAACGAGUUCGACGUUAACAAAGAAAAACUUUUCGACGAGGCUGAAAUCCAGAAGCAUCUUCAUUAUCUGCAGGAUACUGAGUGGUUAGAUCGAAUUAAAUACGAUGACGAUGAGCGCAUCACUCAAGCGAUCCGUCCUGAAAGUGCAGACGAAUUGCUCCCCGCUCCUUGCACUUCUGGAGACGCUGAUUCUUUCUUGAAACGGUUCAAGAUUGUCAAAGUUUACGGUUUUAAAACUCAGAGAAAUUUUAUAGUGUUGCAUGAACCUAAAGCGAGACCCUUGUGCGAUCUUUUCAAUCUAGUACAAGAUGAAAGUGUGGCAGCAAUUGUGACUCUUAACAACGAAAUUUUCUUGUGGCCUAACGAAAACCACCCCGUGAUAGAAAUAAACGCAGACGUCAAAUUAGAGCAUCAAAUGACAAGAAACUUGAAAAGUUGCGAUUGGAUAACUGUGAAAGUGACCACUGCAACUGCAACACAAAUUGUUGAAGUUAUAUCUUUGAAGAACUGGCUGACGCCGACACCAUCUUUGCCAAAGGCUCAGAAUUUCAUAAAUUUUGUUGGCGAAUCUAACGAGAUUUGUAAAAACGUCGAAAUUGUGCUGAUUACUGACUGGGGAAACGUAACUACGUCUGGUUUAUAUAUUACUCUUACGUGUAUCAUUCAAAAGAUCAAAACCAAGGGCGUGUGCGAUAUUUGUGGCAGUGUUAGAAUGCUUCGACGUCACUUUGAGAAUUUUGUUGUGAACAAAAAGCAUUACAUCUUUCUAGUAGAAGCGGCCCGCAACUACCUGAAAGAAUUUAAUUUAUAUGAAAUGAGAUAAUGUAAUUAUUAUAUCUGUAAGAAAAUUAUAAAUGUUUUUAAAAAAUAAAUCUAAGCAAUU